AUGGAGCCAAAUGGUGCUUCCAAUGCUGCGCCGUCUGCGGGAGAUUUGAUCCUGCAGAAGACUCAGGCAGUCCAGCAGGCGCAGCAGGCGGCGCAACAAGGCGAUGGCAGUCUCCUCUCUCAGUUGACAAGCAAUCCACUCUUCACAGCGGGAUUCGGCCUGGCGGGUUUAGGCGCUGGUUUGACAUUCGCACAACGGGGAAUCCGUCAUGGCGCGGCUCUGCUCCGUCGCCGUAUGCUGGUGGACGUCGAGAUCAGUAUCAAGGACGAUUCUUACCCGUGGUUCCUCCACUGGAUGACUCUAUAUCAGCAGUCACAGCUUACUGCAACCCGCGCGGCGGCUGAAAACUCCGGCUUCAUCGACCGUAUCCUCCGAAAAAUGACACCCGGCAUGCGCCACCUCUCCAUCCAAACGCAAAAGGUCGAACACUCGAACGGAGCCAUUCAUACGCAGUUCUCUCUCGUGCCAGGUCCCGGAAAGCAUGUCUUGCGCUACAAGAAUGCGUUCGUUUUCGUCAACCGCAUGCGCGAAUCCAAGUCUCGCGAUAUCCAGACCGGCAAGCCUUGGGAGACCAUUACUUUGACCACUCUCUAUUCCCAACGUCAUAUCUUUGAGGAUCUCUUUACUGAAGCCCACGCCUAUGCAGCAAAGUCACACGAAGGGAAAACCACAAUUUAUAAUAGUUGGGGCACCGAGUGGCGGCCGUUUGGAAAUCCACGGCGUAAACGCCCAAUCGAGUCCGUCAUCCUGGACGAGGGCGUCAAGGAACGUAUCGUGGAAGAUGUCCAGGACUUCAUUGAAAGUGCUUCGUGGUAUCAUGACCGCGGAAUCCCUUACCGACGUGGAUAUUUGUUGUAUGGACCGCCUGGUACUGGAAAGAGUUCCUUUAUCCAAGCUCUAGCGGGCGAAUUGGACUACGACAUUGCAAUUUUGAAUCUGAGUGAGCGCGGUCUCACCGAUGAUCGGUUAAACCAUCUCCUGACGAUCGUUCCAAACCGGACCUUGGUUUUGCUCGAGGAUGUGGAUGCAGCAUUUUCAAACCGCACGCAGACCGACGCAGACGGGUAUCGUGGAGCUAAUGUGACUUUCUCCGGUCUUUUGAAUGCCAUGGAUGGGGUUGCUAGUGCCGAGGAGCGUAUCAUUUUCCUCACCACUAACCACGUUGAGCGACUCGACUCGGCCUUGGUACGACCCGGGCGCGUGGACAUGACCGUGCGCCUUGGCGAAGUAACACGCUAUCAGGUUGCUCGUCUCUGGGAUCGGUUUUAUGAAGAGAUCGACACCGACGGAGCAAACCGCCAGAUCUUCUUGGACAAGCUUCAUCAUCUUGGCUUAAUCGAAGAUGAGAGUGGUAACAAACCCGACAAUCCUAGAAGUACCAGUGCCGCGGCUCUGCAAGGCCUGUUCUUGUACAACAAGGGCAAUAUGGAGGGGGCAAUCGCCAUGGCCGAGGGCUUGACCUACUCUGUUCACGAUGAAGCCAUGGACCAUAGCCAAAGUUGA